CAUUGUAAUUAUUUUUAUCUUGACAAACACGUGUUAACAUACUGUGUGAUGAUAAAGUAAGCUAUUUCAUACUUGUAAAAUAAAUGAGACCUCUAUGUUGAGUCGGCUUGGCGCAGCCAGCAGAGGUAGCUGUCAGUUGUUCCUCUCCAUUAAAUGCGAGCCCAGACGCCAUCUUUGUUUCGGGGCUCACCCCGCCAGGUGAUGACGGCGGUAGUUCCCUCUCUGUGAUUGGUGGAAUCCGGUCAGGCAAAAUACGUCACGUAUUUUUGGCGCUCUUCGUCCUCGACUGCUCUGGCGCGUUUUUGAAAGACCAACAUACGUCAAGAAACAUGUAUUCUGUAUUCCUACUUGGACCAAUUUGGAGAGUAUCCGCGUAACGUUUUCCAGCUGGCGUCCGUAUGUCCGUGGCUGACAUGUUGAAGAUGUUUGGACCACUUUUGGGACCCGCGAGGAGCGAAGCUGCUCCGAGAGUAGCGUCGACCGAAGUCUGCUAGCUUGUUGUUUUACAGUGAAAUUCAUCCGUGUGGCGGCUCAGGGCACACAUGUCCGCCUCACGCAAUGAACUCUGCGUCUGUUGUUCAGCCACUCACUCGGAGAAGUGAAUAAGAAACAGGAAACAGGCAAGAAGACUUUAUUUGAAGUAGCAGCAAGUUACCGGUUCACUUUUAUCGGUCUCUUAAAUGAUGGCUGGUGUUGUAGCUAUGGCAUCCGUCAUUGAGGACUUUGACACCCAGCCUUGCAAGAAAUCUCGCAAAGAUGGCGGCAGUCCUAUUGUCAAGACAAUCACAAACUAUUUCUCUCCCGUGCCCAAGCCUGCGGAGAAACCCUUUUCACCUCCGCGCUCCAACAGCAUCACUGACUACUUUGGCCACAAGACACCGUCCUCUAAAGAAAAGACCAGCACCCCUGAACAAUUGAAAGAGAACUGUCAGACGCCUGAGAUUUCAGAAAAACCCACAGGCCCAGAGGCAGCCGUGAAACGGCAGUCUCAGAAACAGAGGAGAAAGGCCAGCAAAGCUGUACGAAAACUUGUGGAGGCUGAAAUCUUUAGCUCCGCAGAAGAGGCGAGCAGCCCGGUAGUAGAGAAACGACAUGAUAGCAGGGACUCGGCAGAUGAAGCAAUCGGCAGCUGUGGUCUGCUGGGCAGUGAGACAGCCGCCCUCAUUAGCCAGUUUAGUGCUGAGGCUUGUGCCGCUGCCACUAAGACUGUCAGUGUGGAGCAGUUUGAAGAGGAUGGUCCCAAAUGUGGGAACAAUGUCAAACUGAAUCCACUACUAACCGGUAUUGAAUUAUCUCCAAUCGUACCGUCAAAAGACAAAGCAAAACAAGUGAAAACUGUUGCACGAAAUUCACGAAAGGCAAAGCAUUCAGAACCAGAGAAGGAAAAAGAGAGCUCCUUGUGUGACGUCAGUAUGGAGGUCGAUGUGGACGAGGUCUCGGUGUUAAACAAUAGCACAGUCACGAUCUCCUUUGAAGAUUUUGUGCGGAGUCAGAGCCGAGGCAAAGGGGAGGAGGACACAGAAGAUGAACGGGGCCGAGGAGACGAAAGUAAAAUCUCAACGGAGGCGGAAGAAAUGGACACUGACCAGUUGGCCAUCCCUAAAGCUAAAGAAAGUGUUGCUUCUUAUCAGUCACCGUUUCAAGUCUCAGCCCGAACUGUCACCAUCCAGGCUGAAGUGCAUGUCAUCUCACCAAAACAAGAAGCAGCCAUGGCGGGGGGGAAAUUAGCUUCUAUCUUCACCAGGAGAAAAGGAUCGAUGAGCCCUGCAUCGUCUCCUCGCUUGGAGGCCGAACACCAACUUCCUUCUUCCUCUCUGACCGUCAAGCGUAAAUCCAAUGUGGUUCUUCAAGAGGAGGAUCUAGAGCUGUUUGUGCUUGAGAGUGAAUCCAUGCCCAAGUGCAGUGUGGUGGAGAGGAAGCAGUUCAUGGCUGCCUUCAAACAGCCCAGUCAGGAUGGGUCCAAAUGCAAAACUGUUAAGAGCCAGAGCAAGCAGAAGCAACCCGGAGACAAAGCUGGGGAUGAUGCAGACAAAGUUGCUGAAGAUGUUGAUGCAAUUCCACCCUCUGUUGAGCAAGUUCCUGCGACCUCUCAGAAAUACAAGGUAGUUAAAAAGAGACCAGCCAGAAAAGGCAAAAAGAAAGCUAGAGAAGAAGAUGAAGCAGCAAUCACCAUUCCAUCAGAUGCUGAUGAUGCAAUUCCACCCUCUGUUGAGCAAGUUCCUGCGACCUCUCAGGAAGACAAGGUAGUUAAAAAGAGACCUGCCAGAAAAGGCAAAAGGAAGGCUAAAGAAGAAGAUGAAGCAGCAAUCACCAUUCCAUCAGAUGAUGAUGCUGCAGCUGUGGAAGAAACGGUGGCCGCAGUUGGUGACGUUGAUGAUGAAAUAGAAGAGAUUCGUAUCACCUCAACUCCCUCCAUCCCGGCAGUGCGGCGGUCCAAAAGAGAAGCUGUAGUCCGAGAAGCACCAGAGCUCAUCCCAACAAGCUCUAUAAGAAAAACCAGGAAAUGCAACGAGUCAAAAGACGAGGCUGCUGCUGCUGCUGCUGCUGCUGCUGCUCCAUCAGCAUCCACCAAUGACAGUCCUGCAAACAUGUCCACCCAAAAGAGACGCAGGUCCAAACGCACAGUCUUUGUAGCAGAGAUGGUGUGCCCACCUGACACAAAAGAAAGCCCCAUCAGAAUUAAAUUCACAAGAGUCCAUAAAAAUGUUCCCACGACCAAGCCGGAAAGUGGAAGUGGCGUAAACACUUCUUUAGCUACUAAAACAUCAAAUGACUUUAAAAAAAGGAGACAAGCAAAGAAGUUGGUAGAGAAAGCCAGAGUGAUUCAGCAGAGUAAAAAAACAGCCGACAAGGAAAAGAGCAGCGUAAGGCGUUCGUCGCGAAAUGAGGCCUCCAGCAAGAUGAGAUACUGUGACGAUGAGGAUUCUGUCAUCUACCUGGAGGAGGACCAGACGGCUCCAGCAAAGAGUAAACGCCGGAAGCCUUUGCGCAGUCUAAAUGAAGUUCUUGGAAAAGCAUCUGUUGGCAAAGAGACCAAGACUGUCACAGGCUCCAAAGUGGCCUCGCUGGGCGAAGAGGAGACUGCUCGCAAGGCGUCUGCGGUGAUUUCCAUCUUUGAUGACAGCAGCCCUGAAAACUCCCAGGAUGAUGAGCAGUUCAAAGCGCGCAAAGAGUUCUUGAAGAGUGGCCUGCCCGAGUCGUUCAGGAAACAGAUCGCUAAGACGGACGCCAGCAGGGAGACCUACUCGCUCUCCUGUUCCUCCUUUCAACCAGUUAUUCACAUAAAGCAAUCAUCAAACGAUUGCCCUCUCUGGAGUCUACUGUGGCCCGAGUCUUCGUUACUGGUUCAUCUGAAAGAGAUUUGGUGUCAAACAUCCAACUCAAUUCCAUCUGUGAGCGGUUCCUUUUGUGUGAGGACGAAACCAGAACGUAGAACCUUCUUUGAACGGGGCUCUGGCUGGAGGCCUGAGAUCUCUGAAAGUGUUCGGCAGCUUCUAAUGGAGGAGGUCAGCGCCUCUAACCCUCCCUUCCCCGCUCAGAUGUUUACCACUCGCUUCCUCAAGAGACGCGCUGACCAGCAGCAGAGCCCAGCCUCAGCAGAGGCUGUAACCAGAGUCACAAGCACCACACUGCCAGCUGAACCAGUCGGAGGGAAGAGGAAGAGGAUGGAUGACGAGGGGGGAAUGUCUGUGAAGGUGGCCAAGAAGCAACGGGCCAACUGUGCAGAAGAAAAGAAAUCCGAGCCUGAGCCAACCAAAAGGGGGCGGCGUACCAGACGAGCUCGGAGAGCAAGUCCGGAGGAGGAGGAGAACGCUCUGCCUUCUGUCGAAACUGCUCCCGUCCCGUCUGAUGACGACGACUCUGUGGUCUUUAUUGAUGACUCGCCUUUGGGAGAGAAAACUGGAAGAAAAGAUGUGGGAAGAGAGGACGUGCUAUGGACGGACAAAUAUCAGCCCCAGCACUCCAGUGACAUCAUCGGUAACACUGCCUCAGUGAGGAGGCUGCACAGCUGGCUAAAGGAAUGGAAACUCCGUGCAGACCGAGAAGAGAGAAAGAAGCAGAAAGACAAGAAACAAGAGGAAGGCAGCAACGACUCAGACUCGGACUGGGACUGCGGAGAAGAGGUCUCCCAGGACGGAGAGGACAUGUUGUGUAAUACGAUGCUCAUCACAGGACCGACUGGAAUAGGAAAGACUGCUGCCGUCUACGCUUGUGCCCAGGAGCUGGGCUUCAAGGUAUUUGAGGUGAAUGCUUCAUCUCAGCGUAGUGGCCGUCUCAUUCUGUCCCAGCUGAAGGAAGCCACUCAGUCUCACCAGGUGGACAGUCAGGGGGUCAACGCCCACAAACCCACCUACUUCAACAGUUACGGCAGCAGCGCUGACACUCUCAAGCUUGGAUCCUCGCCCAGAAAGGUUAACUCUCCCCGUAGAGUGGUUUCCUCUCCCAGGAAACACCCCCAGUCCCCAAGAGGUGCUAAAAGAGGAAGCCUGGCUCCCACCUCUUUGGCGAACUUCUUCAAAACGGGUCAACCCACCAAGGAGACCCCUAACGAUAAGAAGAAUGACCAAACAGCGGCUUCCAAGAAAGUUCUAAAAGCAAAUGAGCGUGCCAAUAAGAAAAAAGACUGCAAAUCAGCUCCCACCGCUAAAGAGAAGAACAAUGAAGAACAGAGCAAGAAGACGGCCACCUCGCUUAUCCUGUUUGAAGAAGUUGAUGUUAUUUUUGAUGAUGACUCUGGGUUUCUAGCUGCCAUCAAGACCUUUAUGACCACUACGAAGAGGCCAGUCAUCCUCACUACCAGCGAUCCUGCCUUCACCACCAUGUUUGAUGGCAACUUUGAAGAGAUCCUUUUCAAAACGCCCUCAGUGUUGGAUGUGGGCAGCUUCCUGCGGCUGUUGUGUCUGGCCGAGGACACGAGAACCGACCGAGAGGACGUCGGCUCUCUGCUCCGACUCAAUGGAUGUGACAUCCGGCAGAGUUUACUGCAGCUGCAGUUCUGGGCUCGGAGCGCAGGCGGCCGCCACGUAACCAGACCGCUGACGCACACUAUUAAACAUGCUGAACUAAAGCCAGAGGCUGAUGAAGAGUCUGCGUGUGCAGUGACUGACACUCUUCCUCCCUGUGACACCGGCUGCACUGAGAGCAUGCUGGGUCUGCUGAACGUUGAACCCGACGGAGACAUUUGGGAGCGGCUCCAGAGUCCGGUGGAGGAGAUGUGCUGGGAGCUGCUGGCCAACAGCAAGCGGCGAGGAGUGGACCUGCUCUAUUCCAACUUUGAGAAACUCUUACCUCUCCCGCUCACACAGUUGACUACCUCCACCUUCAAAGCAGAGCAAUCUGUUUCUGCAUCGCAGGACCGUCCUUCUGCUAAAGCAACAGAGGUGCCUCCACAUGCGGGGCCGCUGCACACGGCGGAGUCAGCGGAGUGCUCGGACGACGGCAGUCCAAUCAAGAUGUCCCAUAGAAUGAGGAAGAGCAAGAAGCGGCACAGUUUACCCGGCCAGGAUGGAUUGCACUCGGACUCGGACUCAGAAGACGGUUUUAUUUCUCUCUGCAAGCCGCAGGAAGCUCCUCAGGCUAAAGAGGACGUCAAAAGGAGUUUAGUUUCGGAGGCGGUAAAGAGGAAGCCACUGACUCCUGAGGAGCGGGUAAAAAGUGUCCCGAUCUCCCAGUGUCUAGAAUCAAUAGCUGACUUUUUCGACAACAUGUCGUACAUGGACUCUUUGAUGGUUCAUCCGGAAGGAGGCGACGAUCCAAAAAGGAUGCCACUGGUCAGUGCAGUGGUGAAAGACGGGAUGACGGACGAGUCGAGGGCCGAGUCUGACCGGGGCAGCUGGGAAAGAGUAACGCACGUCUUGGAGAUCCCGGCUGCUGUGGAGGCUCUAAGCUUCCACAAGUGUCGGGUUUCAGUCGCGGCGGCUUGGGACAAAGUCCAGCCACUAGAGGGCGAGGUGGGACAGGAGGCUGCAGCAGCACUCACCCUCCCUGUGGCCGCUCAUCGAGAAGGUUACAGCUUCACUCAGGACGGUCCCAGUCAACCACAGCUGGUCCAGCGGAGGAGAGAAGCGAUGGAGUGUUUGAUGCUCAGAGGAGUGUUCGGUACUCCGGCCAACAGACAAGCAGCGGCUCUCGACUACUUGCCAGCCCUUCGCACCAUCUGCAAAUCAGAGCAGCUGAAGGAGCAGGGCAAAGUUAAACGAAGGUUCCUGCACUACCUGGAUGCGAUCCACCUGGGUCUCGACAAGAGCACUCGACAGCAGCUUGCUGAGGACUUCCCCUGAACACGCGUGUUCCCGAUCACACCGAGGCCCGAAACAAACAUUCCCUUCCGAGUGGUCACACUUCUAAGGUCCAUGAAUUUUGGCUGUAGAUUUGUAGGAAGGAACACUUUUAGAGUUUGUGUUGUGACCCGAGGAGUUCAGGCAGCAACGGAUGUCACUGGUGCCUUUUGUCUCUUUAUGAUCGAGACCUCGACGUUGGACGAGCGGGUCGGCGCCGCCUGCGCAAAGAGGACCGUCGGCUUCCACAUGUUUCUUCUGAGAUGGAAAUGACUGAAUACUGAAGGUAUUCUCACCUGAAGGGCUCACGGCUAAUUGACGUCAAAUGCGGUCUCAUUCGGCGCAUCUUGUGGUGCUUUCAAAGAAUGCACUAAAGAUUUUACUUUAUAUGAUUUUUGUAAUAUUAAGCCGUGAGUCUUGUACAGUAGUGUUUUAUACAUCGACGCUUCUUCUUAAUUUGCUUUGCAUCUCGCAAAGUGUUUUUAUUUCGUAGAAAUCUAUUUUGAGGAGCAAGUGUGUAUCAUUAAUGUGUGAAAUAGAAUUUGUAAAGGCGGUGUGUGUGUUAAAGAUCUGUUGUAUUCGUCAGCCCUAAAUCACCUUCACAUAACUCAGCGAUGAGUUUCUUUUUUUAAAUGAAUCUUUUUUCUCAGUAUGUACACAUUAUUCACAGUGGGUAUCUGUUGUGACCAAAUAAAGGUUUAUAACAACUAAAUAAAGAA